UUUACUCCACUCUGACACUUGCUCCGCUCUCGCUCAGGCUGCUCGAUCGCCAUGGAAAUGGCGGCGAUGGGGAAGAAGCAGCGGGAGGAGGUGCUACUCUACGCCGCCUUCGAAGGAAACAUCCGCCUCCUCAAGAAGAUGUCGCGGGGGCUCGACUCGGGGGGACAAGGCGAGGCCUCCGUCCUGGCGGCGGUGGCUGAUAACGAAGGGAACUGCGCUCUGCACCUGGCGGCCGCGGCGGGGAGGGUGGAUGUCUGCAGGUACAUCGUCGAGGACCUCCGCCUCGAUGCCAAUCAACCCAACUUCAAAGGCGAGACGCCACUGUUUGCUUCUGCCUAUUGUGGGGGAGCUGCUGCUGCAAGAUAUCUUAUUGAUCAUGGUGCUGAUCCAUUAGCUGGCAAACUGUGGUCACCUCUCCAUUGUGCUGCAGCGAAAGGAAAUUGUGAAAUAUUAAAACUGCUGCUUUCAAGAGGAAUCGACGUGGAUUUAUAUUCCAUACGUGGGACGCCAUUGCAUGCAGCAGCUCUUUAUAAGCAAGAUUGCACGAUGAAAAUUUUAUUGGAGCACCAUGCUGAUCCUAAUAAGGUUUGCAGUCUUGAUUAUACCCCAUUGAGUUGGGCCGUGCGGGCCAGCCCGACCAUACCUACUGUGUCGCUAGAAUGUGUGAAGUUACUCAUUCAGGCAGGCGCUGAUGUGAAUUUUGUUGACUCCAGUGGCCUUACUAGCCUGAUGUUGACAGUGCAGUCUGGCUUACCUGACACAUUGACGUGUUUACUAGAUGCUGGUGCUAACCCAAAUAUUCCAGAUGAAUUUGGUGUAACACCAAUUGAAUUUGCUGCCUCUAAGGGCAGAAGAGACAUGGUUGAAAUGUUAUUCCCUUUAACUUCUCCAAUUCCAACGCUGCUGGAAUGGAGUAUUGAUGGAAUCAUUUCUCAUGUGAAAUCCUUUGGUUUGAAGCCAAGGGAUAAAUGUAAGUGUGAAAAGAGAAGAACUGGACUAAAACAGAAAGCUAAGGAGGCCUUUCAGAGAGAGGAAUAUUUUACAGCGGCAAUUUUGUAUAGUAAUGCAAUGGAAUUUGACCCUAGUCCAGAUGAUUUUGCAACCAUGUUGGCAAAUAGGAGUCUUUGCUCGUUGCGCGCCGGGAAUGGAAAAACUGCUCUCUCCGAUGCUACUAUGUGCAGAUCGGCACGACCUCAUUGGCCAAAGGCCUGUUAUCGGCAGGGGGCAGCUUUUAUGUUAAUGAAGGACUAUGAGAAAGCAUGUGAGGCUUUUGCAGAUGGCUUGAAGCUUGACCCUACAAAUGGUGAAAUUGCAAAAGCUUUAAGGGAAGCCCGCGAGGCAGCGAAGAAUGCUUGUUGACCGAAAAAGUAACUGACGUCAGUUGUACCCGCAGAAAUAUUAGGCUUUGUUUUGUUGCUAGCACCAGGAUAAUUGCGCAGCUGUCCUUUUGCCUAGUCUUAAAACUCUCGGCAGGAAUAUAUAUGCAAACGUUUUGCGCUUUUGAAGAAUUCUGUGGCACUCAUCAUGUGCAAAUAUGCCUGGAUGAACCCUCUAACUGUAGUAUGUUAGUUCCA